AUGGUGUUUUUUGGCUACAUGGUCUUCAGCAUAGUGCUCGGGCUCCUGGCCGACAGGUAUGGCCGCUGGAAGAUUCUGCUGCUCUCGUUCCUCUGGGCAGCCUAUUUCUCCCUGCUGGCUUCAUUUGCCCCAUCCUACAUCUGGUUCGUGUUCCUGCGGGCCAUGGUAGGAGGUGGUGUGUCAGGCCACGCACAAGGGCUUAUCAUAAAAACAGAAUUUUUGCCCACCAAAUACCGAGGGUACAUGUUGCCCUUAUCUCAGGUGUUUUGGUUGGCAGGAUCCUUGUUAAUCAUUGGCCUGGCAUCAGUGGUGAACCCAACCAUUGGCUGGCGGUGGCUGAUCAGAAUUGCCUCCAUCCCUGGCAUGCUUCUCAUCCUGGUAUUCAAGUUCAUCCCGGAGUCGGCGCGGUACAACGUGUCCACGGGAAAUGUGGCAGCUGCCAUGGCCACGCUGCAGAGGAUAGCCAAGAUGAACGGGGCGGCGAUGCCCGAGGGGGUGCUGAGGGAGCCCGCCAAGGAAAGGAGAGGAAGAUUCAAGGACCUCAUCCACCCCAAAUACCUCAGAACCACUUUGCAGAUAUGGAUCAUAUGGCUUGGCAUAGCUUUCGCUUAUUAUGGCGUCAUCUUGGCCAGUGCUGAGUUGCUGGAGCGGGACCUCGUCUGUGGCUCUGCAGCACCACCGGUGCAGGACCCCAUCGAUGGCUUGGGGGAGAGCCACAGCCCCUGCCACUGCCACUUGUUUGGGCCCGCUGCCUACCAGACCAUGAUCAUCAGCACAGUCGGCGAGAUCGCAUUAAAUCCUUUGAACAUUCUCGGCAUCAAUUUCCUCGGAAGACGCCUGAGCCUGUGUAUCACCAUGGGAUGUACAGCGCUAUUCUUUCUUCUCCUUAAUAUCUGCACCUCGAGCGCAGGCAUGACUGGGUUUCUCUUCAUGCUCCGUGCCUUGGUUUCAGCAAACUUCAACACCAUCUACAUUUAUACAGCAGAGGUUUAUCCCACCACAAUGCGAGCCCUGGGGAUGGGAACAAGUGGGUCAUUGUGCCGUGUUGGAGCCAUGGUGGCCCCGUUUAUAUCACAAGUUCUUAUGAGUGCUUCCUUCAUCGGAGCCCUCUGCCUCUUCUCAUCCGUGUGCGUCGUGUGCGCAAUCUCUGCCUUCACACUGCCCAUCGAGACCAAGGGCAGGGCACUGCAGGUUUGUAAUUACCACUCCAGGAGCUCCCAUGUAUCUCAACGCUAUUUAGAAACUCACAGAUUACGAUUCAGCCAGAACCCAAACCACGCUCUCCUGAGCGAUCGUAAACCCAAGUCAGGCCUGAGAGGCAAGCACAGGACCGUGCUGUUGCAGCAGCUUAAAGCACCGUCACCCCAGUUGCCUACAGCUCGUUUCUCAUACAAGAACCACCCAGGCGGCCUGCCCUAGCCCCAGCUACCUCAUGCAAGCCUGUUAGCUUCAGCUAGCGCAAGCCCCUCUUUGCCAGAAUCUCUGGUCCUGACCUGAAGUCACUGCUUCUGCCCGUGCUGCAAGGGAGAGAGGAGGGCAGAUACAAGUAAUACUUGAAACCACUAAAACCACCCCUUCAUCAAAUUCAAGUCAAAAGCCCCAACGGCAUCAGCCCGUUAGCUAAGCCCUCGUGGCUAGUCUUUCCUAUAAAGCAAUCAGCCAAAACAAUAAGCACAAAGAUUAAGGGGGAAAAUUUAAAGUCAGCCAGCCUCCCAUGCACAAGCUGCACUAGUUUAACUACAGGAGGUGGGGAGCAGUUUUGUGAUUCUGGUCAAUUCAAGCUACACCGGCACGGAAAUGUUCACGGCAUGCAUGCAGCGUGCCCACAUCGCACCACCUAUUAUUCUGCAGUCUUACCUGUACAAACCAGAAGACCAUGGGCUAAACAAUCCCCAUUCUUUAGCAGCCUAGAGCAAGACAGAUGUUUGAUCAAGCUGUUUUACAUGGGAUUCAGAAUGAGACUUUAAAAAAACCCCAUAUAUACAAACACACACGUUACAUAUAUACACACACACGCUUAACUUCAUUGGGUCACAUCUCCUGGGGUUUCCCCAAGGUGCAUGGGACAGUUGGCCUUAGGGUGUUCAGAAAAGCAACACACUAAUCAUUGCCUGCUUCUUUAAAUGCUUAUCUUUUAGAAAUGCUUGUUAUUUAUGGGUUUACGCCAUUUAAAAUAUCUAUACGAUCUGUAAAAGACUGGGGAAAACAAUAAUCAAAGUUUAAGUAAGGAAGUGAACGAAGCAACUUACUUAUUCUUCCCUUGUGGGUGAAACUCAACCCCAUGCACAGAGGCCUUCAAAUGGUCGGAUUCACAAUAAUUACUAAGCAAAACACUUCAUUAAAACUGCUUUAGACCUAAAAGGAAAGCUUUGAUUCAGCUACAGUUGGAUUAACUUUGGCUAACAGUGGUCGAGACAAAUGGUUGAGUAAUGAUUCCUUAAUGGGAUCCCCCCUUUUCAUGGGAACUUAAUUCAAUAGCAUUACCAUCCUCCUUGCUACAAAUAGGAGUUACAAGCUCCAGCUGCUGGCUUUUACAUGCACAAGUCAAAAGGACAGGAAUACAAAAAUCUGCAGAACUAGCUGCAUACUCAGAGAAGCCACCAUUAGAUCGCAAAUUCAACUUGCUCACUCUUAGCUCAUGGUUAUUUCAGAGAUUACAUUUGUGUACGUAGUCACUCAGGGAUUGCUGAAUCAUGACUGUUGAAUGUACUGUCCAAGGGCCUCACACAGUACAGUCAUCCAACCCACACAAGAAUUGCAGCAUGUGAUGUAAAAGCUCUUCUAAAAUGGCAAUAUUUAGUCCUAAGGCUCCAGGCAAUAGAUGUGCUCCUUAAAGCUAUGUCUAAAUGAACCAACUAAAUAAAAGAAUGUAACAACUUUUUGUGAAAUCUAGACAAUGACAUUUCAAAAGCAUAUCCACCCCUGUUCAGGUUAUUAGGACAGCAUCAGUCCACUCACAAAGCAGUCAUAGGGAUUGCCUAUCAGAGGCAAGACAUUUUGAUACAGCUAAAUGCAUA